CCGAUCAUCCUUACACUUACCACGGUAGAAUAAAUUGUCAACUGCGGCUCCUUUGUCUUUCGUACUUCGGAUUGAUAACUUCAGCCAGACUACAUCGUAUCGCCAACUGAACUGGGCCGAUAAUGUCUGUAUUUGGGAGAGCCACGUUUUCUGCAGCUGGGUAUGCAGCCGCCAGACCAACGUAUCCCGCAAGUCUGUUCAAGACCAUACUGGGGUAUUGUAACUCGGAAACAUCCAACGGAACAUUGUUAGACUUGGGGUGCGGACACGGAGUCGCUACGAGAGAGUUGGCUCCGCACUUUGGACGGGCAAUCGCAAUUGACCCAAGCGCGGGCAUGAUUGCGCAAGCCGCGCAAACAACCAAAGAUCCUAAGAUUUCCUUCCGCCAAGGAAAUUCGGAGGACCUCUCUUUCAUUCCUGACAAGUCAUUGGACCUGGCUGUCGCAGCCCAAUCUGCGCACUGGUUUGAUUACGCCAAGGUCUGGCCGGAGUUGUCUAGGGUAGUCAAACCAGGAGGCGCCAUUGCCUUCUGGGGAUACAAGGACAACAUAAUCAUCGGGCACUCUCGAGCCAACAAGAUAUUCGACAGGUUCUGCUACGGCGAUGGGGAGGUGGUGAAGGGAGUAGAAGGGAUGAACCAGUAUUGGGAGCGGCCAGGAAGAGACAUCCUCCGCGACUUGUUGCGCGUGGUGAAGCCCCCAGAGUCGGACUGGCAAGACGUGAAGAGAAUCAUGUACGAUGUUGACAAGGACACGUUCGAUGUCGCUGGACCACAGACGGCUUGGAUGAGGAAGAAUCUCAAUCUUGGCCAAUUCGAGGCUUAUGCGCGAACCUUUAGUUCGUACCAGGGCUGGAUGGAUGCGCAUCCGGAAAAGAAGAGCUGGGCCCAAGGUGGCGAAGGAGACAUUGUGGAUCUGAUGUUCGAUCAAAUACUGAAGGUAGAGCCGGAGUGGAGGGCAUUGGGCGACCAAUGGCGAGAUGCAGAGGUCGAGACGGUCUGGGGAACGUAUAUCCUCAUGGCUCGACGGGCUCCCGGAGCGUAAGCUUCUAGACUAGCACGGCAUAUCCAGCCUCGGAGUGCUGAGAUGAGACAUGAGCGUCGAGGCGAGUGAUUACCGAUGGCAAUGGAUAUGAGCCAUGAGCCAUGAAACAUAGGCAAGUUAGCUAGAAUAAUACAGCUGGCAAAAGUCCCCAUGAGUGUCCUUGGUAUCUUUGUUUAGCUGACUCGUCUUCUUGCACCCGGUAGUUCAGGAAUGAAGUGAUUGGGGGUCAUUUCGAGAUUGAAGCUGACACCUGACUGCCGUGGUAAGCUUAUAUUUGGGGUCUGGGAACUCUUCAGUCGCCAUUGGAGGGUAGGCUUCAGCUGAUGUAUGAGAGAGUAAGCAGCAUAUAUUAUGUCUAAAAACUACGCUCCAGGGGCAUGGGAGAAUAGGAGGCAUCUCGAG